AUGCACACUAAGUUCGAAUUGAAUACAGGCGCCGAAAUACCUGCCAUUGGCUUUGGUACGUGGCAGGAUGAACAUGCCCAAGAGGAAGCAGUUCUGGAGGCUAUAACAGCUGGUUACCGUCACAUUGACACGGCAAGAAUCUACGGAACCGAGAAGGCUGUCGGCGAAGCCAUCAAGAAAUGCGGAGUUCCACGGAAAGAACUCUUCAUCACAACAAAGCUAUGGAAUAACAAGCACCACCCAGAUGAUGUCGAGGAAGCAAUUUAA